AUAACAGAACAGGCUCUGAAGAUUCAGGGAAAAGGAAGCACAGCGAAACCAGAGUAGGACAGGGCUCCUGGUGAGGACACCAGUGUUGUGAAAGCUGCCUGGGGCAACCCACAGUGUUAAGUAACUGGAAAUGCAAGCUAGGAGCCAGGGCCAUAGCACAGAGAAAGCCAUGCUGGUCAGGGCAGAAGCUGGUGGACACAAGGCUGACCUAACCAUCUCAGAGUGCAAGGGAGGUUCAAGUAGGCUGCAGCAGAGCUUCCUGGUGUCGGGCAGUCUCUGGGAUGCUACCCAACCCAAAAUUGCAGGGGUUGGGAAGUGGGAUGGCAGUGCAGAAUACCAACCUUUCAUGGGCAUUUAUUGACGGUUUGCUGUGUACCAGGCCUUAUGCCCAGCCCUAGGAGUCUAGGUAACCCAGGAGACUAGAAACAGGCCUCUUGAGGAAAAACUAAUCUGCCCCCAAUGAGGCUGCAAAGCUGCUCUUGCCAGGCCUGGGCUGCCCUCCAGCAGGUCUUGAUUUCCACAAAGCCUUGCUCUCAUGCCCUACCAGGUUUGUGUUCUCAGGUUGGCACAGGCCAGGUGUGAGGAGGGCCAGGCUCCGUGACAAGUUCAUCCCCCCUCCAGGUGGAGGGGAGAGGGCUGUCUUGGCUCAGGUAGCUGGGCUGGGGAGGAGGCAGUAGGGUCAGGAGGGGAGGGGGCCAGGACGGUUGUUUGGCUUAUCAGCGGCUCCUGAGGUUUUCCUGGCUGACUCCAAGGAGUGGCAGACAAUCAGUGCAUUGUCACCAGGGCUGCAUCAUGGAGCAGGGGAGCUGCUGUGCAGAGGACUCCGGGCCUGGGCCUAUCAGGGUGAAGACCAGGCCCUGCCAUGGGGGCUGGGGAGCCCUGGGCCUGCUGCUGCUGCUGCUGCUGGCACUGGCCACUGCUGGGGCUGUGGCUGGAGGGCUUUUUGGCUUUGCUCACAGCCCUCCCAAGCCACUGCUACAGACGUUCCGUCUGACCCUCCCGAGCCCCAGGGUGUACCAGUUCAACCAAACUGCCCAGGUGGACGUGGCCGGGAAUGUGGCAACCAUCAGGGUAACGCCGACUCAGAGUAACCACAGCUGGGCGGUGCUGUUCGAUGGGCAGAGCGGCUGUGUCUGUUACCGACCUGCAGAGCACCGGGCCUGCUUCCUCCACCUGAUGGAGCCCAGAGAUCGAAAGACCCUGCAGCUCCUGGUGAACACCUCGAAGACCCAGGGGUCUAACAGCCCCAGCCAGGACACCCACUAUGCUCAGGAGCUGCUGGCCGUGCUUGGGAGCCAUGAGGUGGACCCUGCCCAAGUGGGGGCUUCAGUCCGGCACUUUUGCUCAAAGAUCCCCAUUUACUGGGCCCGUCGAGCAGAGGGUGAGUCGGGGCAGCUAUGGGGAGAGGCCUGGGCUCCCAUGGACAUUCUGGGAGAGGGAGAGGAACUCUUUUGGGGUUCAUUAAGACCCUUUCCCACAGGGCCCCGGAGGCAGCGGCUGAUCUAUCUAUGCAUCGACAUCUGCUUCCCAAGCAACAUCUGUGUGUCAGUCUGCUUUUAUUACCUCCCAGACUGAACCCCCAGCCCCCCCAGCCCCACAGGCCAGCCCGCUGGACGGCCCUCUCAUCAGUACCAUGGAAGGCAGCCACCAGCAGGGGCUAAUAAACCCCUCCACUUGGC